CUUUGGGAUCUGCUUUUUGGGAGCAUUGGCACUUUUCACGCUGUAUCGCGUCCAGGAGCACGUGAGGAUCUUCUGAGGCUCUUUCCACAAGAGGACAAUCACAAAUCGAAAGCAUGACUCCUGAAGAGUUCCGAAGAGACGCUGGUGACUUCCUGGAUAUAUCUGAUCGCCUUGGCGACGCUUGGGAGUUGAAAAGCGUCAAGAAUAGACUAGAAGAGGAAGUUCCCUUCCUCUUGAAACGUGGAACGAAAGUGUCUUCUGCAGAGAAAAUCUUCAGCAUUGAAUUUCAUGUCACUUAUCAUGUGAGCUAUCAAGUUCCUGUACUGGGAUUCGAAGCCUUUGCCAGUGAUGGAUCUUCAGUGAGGCACGAGGACGUGUGGAAGUUGCUGAAGAUUGAGGAGAAGCCGAAAGAUUUCUUCUCUGUGCUCACUCAAAUGGAUCAUCCAGCGCUCUUUCGGCCAAUUUGGACACUUCAUCCCUGUCGCACUGCUGAGAUCCUCGAAAGCGUGACUGGGAACAGGAUUGUGGCCUUCCUGAGUGCUGUCGGACCCAGUGUUGGGCUCUCUCUGGACCUGGCGUACGGCAUAUUGCGCAAAUUUUGCACUCUAUCGAAGUCAAUCAACGAUAAUUCCGCUCUUCAAAACCAUUUAAAUUCCUUCUGUGGCAAAACAGAAAAAUUGGUGACGUCUUGAGGUGAAAUUGCGCCUUGCCCUCGAAGUUGGUCACGGAGCCACUUUUGGGCGACAUGCAAAGAGAGAUAAUUCAUUUUGGGUGAAAGAUUUGUGGAGCGACGCAUAGAAAACUUAAUGGCGCCAACGAAAUUGCCGGAAGAGCGAUGGACAGGCCAUCCUCUUGACACUGACCUCAAAGCUGCGCGAGCGAACUGCAAAUUUCUGGUCUUUCUCUAUGACCGCUCAUUUUUCAUGCAAUCGCGUCCAAAAGAAGUUAUUUAAUGGCUGAGCGAUCGAAUGCGAACUUGAACCACUUUUAUCGCUGCUCUUCACGCGCAUACAAUUGGAAUUAAUUUGAGCUUGCAAGUCGCUGAAAUUGCCCUGCAAUUUAGCAGAGGAGAAGAGCCGGUCUUGUGUGGCAAAAAGGGCUCGCGGAUGGCGAAGAGCGUCUGUGUUCUCAAAUAUGGGCAUUGGCCGCAGAGGCGCAACUUACAUUUUCACUUGAAGAUGCUGACGAGAACCGGUUGCAGUUCUUAUUCUUCAAACGAGUUGCGUGGCCAAUGACUCUGAUGCAGCAACCUUUUGCCCAGCGAAAUUCCAUCCGGCCGGGAUGCUCUAGACUCUCUCUAGAUGGACGGCGCCCUCGUCUAUCUAUAAAUAGACUUUCUGGUUUCGCCUCGGGAGCCCGCCAGCCAACUUUAGAACCUGCCAUUCUUCAUUCUUGCGCCUCUCCUGCACUGCGUCCAACGUGGGAAAUGCAGCCGAGCUCAACACACCUCCCAAACUUCCAUGGAUUUAUCUGAUCUCCAGCGGAAAUGCUCUGUUGCGAUUCAAUGUACAAAUAAGAAUGACUUAGGGCAGUUCUUGCGGCCAAAUUCAGAACAUUACACACUCGAUUUGAAGUCAAAGUCAAAUUGUGCUGCUUCGAUCGCAAAGUAAUGACUCUAUUUUAUCUCUAUUCAACUGUCAGAAUAAAUUGUUGUAACAAAAUUGUUUAUUCGCUGGCCAAAUGGGCGACGUCGAUUCUAGAGAGCUGGCAAAACGUGAGAUGGUUGUUCAGAAGAGUUGCAGCAUUUGCAAGAGCUUUUCAAUGAGCUCAAGAUCAUCGAAAUCGAAUGAAGCAAUUUUCAAAGUUAAGUUAAUUGAUCUUUAAUCAUUUUUAAAAUUAAUCGUUCUCGCAAUGUACAACAAUUGAACUUCGGUGAAAGCUUCAUGUUCUUCUUUUAGUAUUUUGUUACAUAUAA